AUGAAGGGAUCCAACCUGUUUCUCUGCCUCUUCUCCGUGUCCUGUUUGUCGAAUCUGAUGCUGACAGCUGGGAACAAAAUCUUCCACUUCGGACCCUGCAGGGUUUCAAUAAGCGUGACUGAGAUUAGGUCUGGUUUCACGGCAAUUAAAGACAACAUUCAAGCCAGAGACCCCAUCAGGACCCUCAGCAUCUUGUCUUAUCCACAUUCUCUGCACAAGGUCAAGUCUUCAGAGAGAUGCUGCGUCGCCCAUCACCUCUUCGACUUCUACGUGGACAAAGUUUUCAAACACUGCAAGACUGAGGAUUCCUAUGUCAACCGAAAAAUCAGCAGCAUAGCCAACUCCUUCCUCAGCGUGAAGAGGAAACUCGGGCAGUGCCAUGAGCAAAAUAAGUGCGUGUGUGGACAGGAAUCCACGGAGAAAUUUAAGCAAAUACUUGUGAACUACGAGGGGCUGAAUGUCACAUCUGCAGCAAUUAAAUCCUUGGGCGAGCUGGACAUCCUACUGGACUGGAUGGAGAAAUCUGGUUAG